ACAAGAGGAGAUAACGACUUUAGAAAAGAAGUUGAAAAAGAUGAAGCUAUCGAAAAUAAAAAAAAAAAACCUUUUCAAAAAAUGAACCAGAAGAUAAUGGUUCUUGAAAAGUUGAAAAAUGAACCAGAAGUUAAUGGUUCUAGGAAAGAAGUUGAAAAAGAUGAAGCAUUUGAAGAGGAGAAAAAAAAGGUUGAAAAGGUGGAUCUUUUCAAAAAUGAACCAGAAGAUAAUGGUUUUAGAAAAGAAGUUGAAUCAGAGUGA